AUUACAGAUAAAGGAAUCAAAAUGUUAUCAAAAUCAUGUCAAGGAUUAACAUCAUUAAAUGUAGCAGAUUGUGGAAAAAUUACAGAUCAAAGUAUUAUAAUGAUUUCAAAAGGUUGUCUAAGAUUACGACAAAUUCGAUUAUCGGAUUGUCCAAGAAUUACAGAUCAAUCUAUUGAAGCUUUAAUAUUAAAUUGUUCAAGACUUUGUUGGUUAGAUAUUGCACGUAUUGGAAGAAUUACAGAUUCUACAGUUCGUCUUAUUGCUAAUACAUGUAAAGAAAAUAUGGAAUGGUUAAAUUUGGCACGUCCUUCACCUAUAGAAGCAGUUUAUUCAUCAGCUCUUGCAAGUCCUACACUUCUUCCAGUAUCAUCAGUUGGAGGGAAUUUUCAUAGUAAUGAAGAAGAUGAAAUUACAGAUCAAUCAAUUAUAAUGUUGGCAAAACAAUGUCCAAAUCUUCAAUUACUUGAUUUAUCAUAUAUGAACUCUAUAACAAAUCGAGCUAUUGAAGCAAUUGCAAAUAAUAGUUUUUCACUUAUAUGUCUUACUAUUAUUGGAUGUAGAUUAGUAACUUGUGACUCACUUAGAUAUUUAGCACAAUUAAGACGAAAAUCAGGACAUUUAGGAUGUAUAACAAUGGGAGAUGCGGUUGGAAUUACAGAAGAAGAUAUAGAAAGUAUUACAAAUGAACCUGAAGGAUUGUUGAGUGGAUGGCAAAAGAGUUCAGUAGAUGAAAAUAGUUUGAAAGAAAUCUUGGAAGGUGUAAGUUGGGAAGCAGUUGGAACGUGGUAA